GACUGUUUCCUAGGCGAGUAAAAUCGCCACACAAACCCUGACAAGGAAACUUCAGUGUGAGCUCGCUAUGAUCAGCGCUGUACAUCCCUAUUGAAAAGUCAUAUGGUAUUGUAAAAACCAUCUCAUCACCGAUCGAUGAGUGUAUGGAUAAGAGACAAGAGCUCGGCAGAUCAGUCGAGGAAGAGGACAGCCUAUUGUAUAUGUGUGUAUUACGGUCGGCUUCACCAGUCCGCUCGCGAUUCGACACGCUUCAGGUUUCAAAGCAGGGAUUGUAAGUAAGUGAUUGAGAGGUGGACAUAGUUGGCAGAGCUCGUUAUGUAGCCCUGGAUAAAGUAAGUAAUCUCUCACUACACCAUGGACUUAGACCCCAAUCUGUCAAAGGGGACCGAACUACGCUCGUCCCCGGGGGCUGGCAAGUCUCGUCGUACCUCCCGAAGUCGGAGCGAGAGUGAAGCGUCGGAUUCCCCUCGGGAGAGACGGAAAGCCAAAUACAGAGUUAAAGAUGACGAGGAAAUAGGGCCCAGUGACUCACCUGGGCCGCAAAGAGGGGCCGGAUUGGAGGGUCUGUGUUUAGGCCCUGGUGCAUAUGACAACUUAACAUUCAAAGACGAUAAUGGACAACUGGAAUUAACCAAAAUUCGAGCUAAAGACGAACGAGCAAGAAUGAAUUCCAAAUCGAAAGUGUUACAUAAAAGUCACGAGCGUUUGAUAGUAAAAGGAAGUACCAGCCAGGAACACCACGAGGUGAAUGGUCAUUGUAACAUUUACGAGAAAGCCCCUCGUUCUCAUGGAAAAUCCUCUACGUCUCCAAAUAAAACGCCGCCAACGACGAGAACAACGACGACACCUUCUCCAUCCUUGAAGCCAAAAUCAAAUUCCACAUCAUCCAAUAGUAAACAUGCCGUAAAUGGUGACGCAGAAACCAACGGAGCCCCGCCCCCUUCCCCGGGAGGCGUAGUUCCCGACACGCCGAGGACCAUUCAGAUACCAGGUGAUGGAAAUAUACAGAAUUUCUCAGCAGACGAAAUGACCAUAUUCUUCCGUUGUAUGAAAGUUGAUGAAUUGAUUAUCCAACGCCUAAAGCGGAAAAAGAUGGACGGUAAAAGGUUUGCUCGUCUGAAGGACACGGACCUGGACGAAAUCGGAAUAAAGAAUCCUAUUAUAUCAUAUUUCCGAGACAGAAGCAAGAGGCAGCGAAUGGGAUUUAUGUUAUGACCUCGCGGAGGAAUAUAUAUUUGUGCGGAAUGAUUUACGAUACGCCUAUACAACCACAUGAGUGCAUUACGUUGAAACGACAAAGGCUAAGUACGAUUUCAAACUUCCAUAUCUUAACAUUGAAAGCAGUUUGUUGUACAUGCAAUAUGAACGAGUAGAUGGAUGAGUGUUUGUAUGUGAUUGUGUUGAUUGUAGACAAACAUAUGAAAAUACGUGAAUGUAUAAAUAAAUACAAAUGUAUAGCGAUCAAGAAAAAAGGAGCUUUUU